GGUGGAAACUUUCCUGCAGGCUGUUGCUGGAUAUCAGGCUAGCUGACACCACGAGUUUUACAGAGCUGCUGUGAAACCAGAUCAACACUUCAGGAGGACAGUUCUGGGCCAUUUCCUUCAUUUUAUUGUUUCUAUAUAGCUUUCUAAAAGCAGCAGACACCAUGUUUUGGAGACUAGCCAUUCUGUGCCUGCUCCUUGUUGCGGUAGAAAUCAGAGGUCAAGACUUUGACUUAUCCGAAGCAUUAGACAAACCUGUGGAAACUACUCCAAACAAACCUGCAUCUCCUACUGAUGGUAAUCCAAAGCCUACCAAGCAAGCAGAUCCAAAACCUCAGCCAGAAGAUCCUGGUCCAAAUCCUACCAAGAAACCAGCUCCAAAACCUAAGCCAGAAAAUCCUGGUACAGGUGGUGGUAAGACCAUUCUUUUCUCAAAUGUCUGAACAUUUUAUAUAUUU